AAAUCUGUGAACACGAAACACUCUCAAUUCAAACCUCAACAACAAACAAACUCCAAUAUAAUCAAAUUCAACUCAACUAACCAGAAGAGAUUGGGACAAAUGAAUGGUGUGGAUGUGGUUCUGCAGGCUGUGGCUAUGUACAAGUCUAAGGACCCCAAGACCUCUGAUGAGGAGGAAAUGGUGGAGAAUCUUUUUGAUUGUUUAUGUUGUUUGUUGAUGCCUUUAGAGAACAAGGAGAAGUUUGUUAAGGCUGAGGGAGUAGAGUUGAUGAUUAUUAUCAUGAAGCAGAAGAAAUCUGCUUAUGGGUCCGCUAUAAGGGCGCUUGAUUUUGCCAUGACCAAAUAUCCACCUGCUUGUGAACGUUUUGUGGAUGUUUUGGGCUUGAAGACAGCAUUUGCUGCUUUCAUGGGUGGAAUUUUGAGAGGUUCAAGAAGGGAAAGAUUGCUAAGUAUGAGUAAAUUUGUUGAAAAUGAAUGUGAGAAAAUAGAUCGCCUAAUGGAACUCUAUAUAAGAUAUUCAGAUAGGGUAAAAGAAGAGACUGAACGGAUGGACCAGCUUGAACUCGAUGACUUAGAGAUGAAUGAAGAGGAAAGAUACAAUCGAAAACUGGAAUCUGGACUCUACAAUCUCCAGUUGAUUGCUGUUAUUCUGGGUCAUCUUUGGUGCUCCGAGCACCCCCGAAUUAGAGCAAGAAUCGAACUGUUACUGAAACAGCACAAGCUUACUAAGAAGAAUGUGCAGGACAUACUUCAGGAAUAUCAUGACAACAUUGGUGAUCUAGACGGCCCUGAGGAGAAAGAGCGAGCACAGGCAAGGAUCCAAAAAUUUGUCUCAGCUUUUUGAUCAUUUGAUGCUUUCUUAGAGGCACAGAUGUUUUUGGUAAGGUUUAGUGUUGUAAAAUUGCAAAAACUAACAUGUUUAUUGACUUAAGCCUUGGAUGAUGUUCGAGUACUUGUACCAUAAGUGAUUAAAUGGGAAAGCCUUAACUAAAGAGUUAUCUGUGAUUGGUUGUUUCGUUUAGAUUCCGAUAAAGGCUUCGUUUGAAGCUACAUUUUGAAA